AAAGUUCACUUGGUACCUGAGCGCGGGACGCGGUACCGAAAAACAAUAUAUUUUCUAUGUAACCCACGGUGAGCUAACGGCACCCGGCAAAUCCAGAGAUAUAUUUAAUAUAUUACGGAAUCACGUGCCGGCCGGAAACACAUGCGUAAGCCCGAGAGAGUCCAGGAAUUCGACAACGAACGACGGAAGUGUGUGGGAGAGGAACUAUUUUUCGCCGCGGCGCAGAGAAAAUCUGUUACGUUACGCGCUGCGACUCACCACCGGAGUUUUGUAUCUCCGUGUUCCUCCGGUGCCCACUGCCCAGAUGGUAAAACGACUAUCUUGCUACACUGACGCUUCCCGGUUUUUCAGUCUAGUCGACUCGUUUUUGCAUCUUCGCGUCAACGACGCGCACAAUAGUUGAAACAGCUUUUUAACCUACACUUAAACUACUAUGUCAUUCCGAGACAGAGAUCGCGGGGACAGACGAGGAGGGAGCAGAGGAGGGAGCAGAUUUGGGGGUAGAGACAGCGGCGGAGGAGGCCGCUUUGGGAGCGGCGGAGGAGGUGGCGGAAGAGACGCUGGUCGAGACAAUGGAUUUGGGGGCAAUUCAUUCAAAAACAAGCAGCCCGGCGAGCGUCUGCGCAAGCCGAGAUGGGACAUGAGUUCCCUGCAGCCGUUCAGCAAGGACUUUUACCAGCCACACCCCAACGUCUUGGCAAGGAGUCCUCACAUGGUUGAAAUAUAUCGUUCAGAUAAAGAAAUAACUGUAAAAGGAUCCAACAUUCCAGGACCAAACAUAUAUUUCGAGGAGGGUGGCUUCCCUGACUACGUCUUAAACGAAAUUCGCAAGCAAGGCUUCAGUCAACCCACUGCAAUCCAAGCUCAGGGAUGGCCAAUUGCUCUCUCCGGCCGUGACAUGGUUGGAAUCGCUCAAACUGGCUCAGGAAAAACGCUUGCCUAUAUCCUACCUGCUAUUGUCCACAUAAACAACCAGCCACGACUUCAGCGCAACGACGGACCUGUUGCUCUGGUUCUAGCACCGACCAGGGAACUUGCUCAGCAAAUUCAGCAGGUGGCUGCUGACUUCGGAAGCACAUCUCAAGUUCGUAAUACUUGCAUAUUUGGAGGUGCACCAAAGGGGCCGCAGGCCAGAGACCUGGAAAGAGGUGUUGAGAUAUGCAUUGCGACUCCGGGGAGAUUGAUAGACUUUUUAGAAAGAGGGACUACGAAUCUUCGCAGGUGUACCUACCUUGUUCUCGACGAAGCUGACAGGAUGCUUGAUAUGGGAUUCGAACCACAGAUUAGGAAAAUCGUCGAGCAAAUCAGACCCGACAGACAAACUCUCAUGUGGUCUGCCACGUGGCCCAAAGAGGUCCGCAACCUGGCCGAAGAGUUUCUGACAGAUUACAUUCAGAUUAAUAUUGGGUCCCUUCAGCUCGCUGCUAAUCACAAUAUACUUCAAAUCGUCGACGUUUGUGAGGAGUACGAAAAAGAAGGGAAACUCAUGAAGCUACUUGAAGAAAUUUCUAACGAACCUGAAAAUAAAACUAUUAUCUUUGUUGAAACUAAGAGAAAGGUUGACGAUAUUACAAGAGCUAUCAACAGGUUCGGAUGGCAAGCGAUCGGCAUUCACGGUGAUAAAAGUCAGCAAGAACGUGAUUAUGUUUUAAAUCAAUUCCGGGGUAGUAGAUCUGCAAUUUUAGUCGCAACUGACGUGGCAGCUAGAGGUUUAGAUGUCGAAGAUGUGAAAUUUGUGAUAAAUCUGGACUAUCCCUCGAAUUCUGAGGACUACGUUCAUCGCAUUGGUCGCACUGGUCGUUCCCAGAGAACUGGUACAGCAUAUGCUUUCUUUACACCUGGCAAUGCGCAUAAGGCUAACGAUCUUAUCCAAGUCCUAGAAGAGGCCAAGCAAGUCGUCAAUCCAAAGCUGUAUGAGCUUUCACGAAAUCCCGGAGUUUAUAAAAGGGGGAGAUUCGGAGGUCGUAGCGGAGGAGGUAGUUCAGGAGGUCGUGGUGGAGGUGGGCCACGAGGUUCGCGCGGUGGUCGCGACGGUGGAGAUAGAGGAGGCAGAUUUGAUCGUGGCAGUAAUACAGGUGACAGAUCAGGGAAAUGGAGUAGCGGAGGAGGUGGGAGCUACGGCAGUAAAUCAUUCGGUCAUAACAGCUAUACCAGCAAUGCCAGUGGGGGAGGUAGCUACGGUCACAAUAACGGGAGCAGCAGUUACAGCGGAGGUGGUGGUGGUGGUAGCGGAAGUGGUGGUGGUUACAGGCACCAAAACGGUUAUUAAAUCGAAUAUAUACAUAAAAAAAUGUAUAUGCAAUAACAAUAUAUUGUGAUCAUAUCGUUGAUAUUGCGGGAAUUCUCGCAAUCGGUAAUAGCAAACAUAAGGAAAAAUACUUUUAAAUGAUGAAAAUAAAUCAAGAAAAUAGGGAGUGAAAAAAAAGAAGAGACAAUGGUCUGAUCCGAAACGCCAGAUUGGAACAUUAUAUUAAAACAAGAAGCAACAGACUAAAAGUCAAUAUUUCAGUUAUUAUCAGGCA